GAGGUUGUACUGCAGAAUCACCCACUGCUUCAGAGCAAUCUCCAGGCCAAACAUCUCGCACUUUUCCUGCACGAAUGUGGAAAUGAAACGUCACACUUUCCUCCGAUUAUGUUGUUUUCUGCAGGUUUUCGGGAGCGUCUGGGCGCAGUCAAGCUGUAAACUGAAGGCCAAGUUCAACUUGAACGGGUACAAGAACGUAGAGAAGAACCAGGUGGUCAUAGGGGGGAUGUUUCCUGUCCACUAUCGUGUGAUCUCAUCCGACACCAACACCUCGUCCGUACCCACAUCAUCCGGAUGCGAAGGGUUCAAUUUCCGAACAUUUCGCUGGGCACAAACGAUGCUCUUCGCCAUCAAUGAAAUUAACAACAACAACGACAUACUUCCACAAACAGACCUCGGCUAUGUCAUUUACGAUUCAUGUUUUACGAUCUCCAAGGCAGUUGAGGGCACACUUACGUACUUAACUGGACAGGAUGAGGCUGUGCCCAACUACCGGUGUGGCACAGGGUCCCCACUGGCGGCCCUUGUGGGUGCUGGUGGGUCUGACCUCUCUAUCGCCACUGCCCGAAUUCUAGGCCUGUACUACUUCCCGCAGGUCAGUUACGAAUCAUCCUGCUCCGUCCUGGAGAGUCGGUUCCAGUUCCCCACUUUCCUGCGGACCAUCCCCAGUGACGUUCACCAGUCUAGGGCCAUGGCCCAAUUGGUUCUGCGAUUUGGCUGGACCUGGGUGGGCACUAUCGCCGCAGAUGACGACUAUGGCAAGUACGGCAUCAAAGCUUUCAAGGAAGAGGUCGAGGAGGCUGGGGUGUGUAUCUCCUUCUCCGAGACACUGCCCAAGGUCCGCUCUCCUGAGGCCAUCCAGCGAAUCGUGGAGACCAUCAAGGCAUCCACCGCCAACAUCAUCGUGGUGUUCUCUUCUGAUGUGGACCUGAGCCCGCUGGUCUUGGAGCUCCAGCAACACAACAUCACCAACCGCACCUGGAUCGCCAGCGAGGCCUGGAUCACCUCUGCCCUCAUCGCGCGGCCUGGGAUCCACGGUCUCCUGGGUGGAACGCUGGGCUUCGGCAUCCGUAGGGCUGACAUCCCAGGGCUGCGUGAGCACCUCCGUGAUAUCGACCCCUACGACAAUGCACUCACAGAAGAGUUCUGGGAGAUAGCUUUCAACUGCACGCUGGACAAGAGCCGGGCCCCAAGUGCACGCAGCAGCCUAUGGGCUGGAAACUUACCUCUCGCCAGGUCCAUCACCCCUUCCGCGAAGCUGUGCACAGGUCAGGAGUCCCUGGACACCAUUAACAACACGUACAUGGACAUUUCACAGCUGCGCUUCACCUACAGUGUCUACAAGGCCGUCUAUGCUGUGGCACAGGCUCUGCACCAGCUAGAGGACUGCAAUCCGGGCAAUGGCCCAUUCGAAGGCAACAGCUGUGCUAACAUCACAGCAUUUGAGCCAUGGCAGCUGAUGUACUACCUGAAGAAUCUGAGAUUCGAUGUUCCACACACAGGAGAGUACGUCUUCUUCAAUGACGGCGAGGUCAACGGGGAAUACGACAUCAUCAACUGGCAGGCGAACGCAGACGGCCACAUCUCCUUCGUUCAGAUUGGCCAUUACAAUGGCACAGCGCCCCCAGGGGCCAGGCUGACCAUCAGCAAUGAGUCUAUUGUCUGGAACAACAAUGCUCUGCAGACCCCUCGCUCAGUAUGCAGCGAAAGCUGCCAGCCAGGAACCAGGAAAGGCAUCCGGCAAGGUGAGCCCGUCUGCUGCUUCGACUGCAUCCCCUGCGCAGACGGCGAGAUCAGCAACAUGACAGACUCGAGGGAAUGCAUCCAGUGCAGUGAGGACUACUGGUCCAACGCCAACCGCGAUACCUGCGUGCCCAAGAUCAUUGAGUUCCUGGACUUCGGGGAGCCACUGGGGAUCACCCUGAUUGUGAUCGCAGCUUUCGGGGCCUUGACAACCAUCACGGUAAUGGUGCUGUUCUUAAUGCAUGCGAACACGCCCCUGGGCAGGGCCAACGACCCGGUGCUGAGCGUGUCGCUCUUGUUCUCACUGGUGAUCACGUUCCUGAGCUCCAUUGUGUUCCUGGGCAAGCCCCAGCCCUGGUCCUGCAUGACCAGCCAGGUAGCUCUGGCCUUGGGCUUUGCACUCUGCCUGUCCUCCCUCAUGGCGAAGUCUGCAGUGCUGAUGCUGCGUGCCCUUGCCGUCAAGGCCGCUAAGGCCGCUAAGGCUAAAGCCGCUAAGGCCGCUAAGGCCGCCGCAGCCGCUACAUCUGACACAUUGACCUCACUUGAGGCACCAGCCACACCCGCCGUGCCUGUCGUCCCUGCUGCACCAAAGAAGGAUCCCGAGAAGGAUGGCGAUGCGCUCCAGCCUGUCCACCAGAGGGCUAUGGUGGUGGUUUUCACCUUGAUCCAAGCUGUGGCCUGCACGGUGUGGCUGGUGUUGAUGCCCCCGCACCCGGUGAAGAAUACAGCAGCCCAGAAUAUCAAGAUCAUCCUGGAGUGCGAUGUGGGCUCCAUUGUCUUCAUCUGCGCCAUCUUCGCUUACGACAUCGUUUUAGCGUUACUGGCCUUCGCUUUUGCCUUUGUGGCCCGGAAGCUGGAGGACCAUUUCAGCGAGGCCAAGUGCAUCACCUUCGGCAUGCUGGUCUUCUUCAUCGUCUGGAUCUCCUUCGUCCCGGCCUACCUCAGCACACGCGGCAAGUUCAUGGUGGCCGUGCAGAUCUUCGCCAUUCUGGCCUCCAGCUUCGGACUGCUCGCCUGCAUCUUCUUGCCCAAGUGUUACGUCCUGCUGGUGAAGCCUGGAAGGAAUACAGAGGAGGUGAUGAGGCCCAGGGCAAAAGCCCAGAACACCUCCACGACGGGCACCUCCGCCUCCCUUGCCAGCGAGGCCAACAACACCACCAUCUCUACUCUCUCCGUAGAUGACUGAACACCGCACUCUGCAAUCCCUACAAAGACCUGGUCAUCAGUACUGCACAAUGUCCACCUUCUGAUGGAUUUACCACCAACAAUGUGUAGGCUCUCCCCUUACCCUCCUCAGUGCAAUCUCUCCCCCCACCUACGGGGACCUUGCCUCCACUGUGCAGCCAAAUCAAGGGAUAUUGCACAACCCGCAUUGUUCUUACACAAUUUAUUCUGUUAUUUAUUGAGCAACUAGCUUCCGAUUUUCCCUGAGGAAUUCAGAGCGCAGCUCAGCAGUACUCCAAAACACAUGAUACUGACACACACACACACACACACACAUACACACAACAAUGAACUUCUAGAAUACACUCAGCAGGAUUUUAAAAGGCAGACUUAAACUGAAGCGAGGGAAUUUCACAGCACAGAACAUGGGCUUUCAGAGGCGGACAGAAGAGCUCCCUGAAGGGUCUAUCUGUCACAACAGCCGUGUAAUGCAAAAAGCGAAGACUGUUGUGUAUUUGCAGACAGCCGGCCCCAUUCACCGCAAACAGCCCCCUGUACCUGUCCCCUCAAUCAUGGAGAGGCAUCGUUGUACUGUUUUUAUUGUCUGUCUCCUUUUAUAACAAAAACAUACAAUUUGUAUAUCAGAACUAUUGCUUACAUGAGGAAUGUGUAUCAUUAGAUUGCAAUACAGCACAGCUCUAUGUGAUCCUUUCUUAUAGUAGCAUUUAUGUAUUUAUAUAUCAGUUUGUUUGAUAUUAGAACUUUGCUGUAAAGAUAAGACAGAAAAUUGAGAUGUCCCAUAGUAUGCUCCAAUAUCAAUAAAUGUUUACUG